UUGGAUCCUACACGCGCCACCAAAACGCCUGAACAUGAGAACUUGAGAGCAACAGCAUAUUUAAAAGCUCCCCUAUCUCCUCCUCUCAUCUGCGAGAAAGAGUCAUCAAAACCAAAUCGCCGCCAUGUUCAGACAAGCUUCCCGCCUCCUCUCCCGAUCUGUCUCCGCCGCCGCAUCCUCUAGAUCAACGACUAAUCGUGCGUUUUCAACGGAAGUUCCGUCGACUAUCGAUUCAACAUUCGUGGAGUCAUGGAAGAAAGUCGCACCGAACAUGGACCCGCCGCAGACUCCUUCCUCCUUCAUGAAGCCUCGUCCAUCGACUGCUUCCUCGAUUCCGACCAAGCUCACCGUCAAUUUCGUCCUCCCUUACGCAUCUGAACUUUCCGGGAAAGAGGUCGACAUGGUCAUCAUUCCCGCAACAACAGGACAAAUGGGUGUUUUGCCUGGACACGUUCCAACAAUCGCUGAGCUGAAACCCGGUAUCAUGUCCGUUCACGAAGGCACUGACAUAAAGAAGUACUUUGUUAGCAGUGGAUUCGCAUUUCUACACGCAAAUUCCGUCGCUGACAUUAUCGCUGUUGAGGCCGUGCCGCUUGAGAACAUCGACGCUAGCCAAGUCCAAAAGGGUUUAGCUGAGUUCACGCAGAAACUUGCUUCUGCAACAACAGAUCUUGAGAAGGCAGAAGCACAGAUUGGUGUCGAAGUUCACAGUGCUAUGAACGCAGCUCUCUCGGGCUAAAAGAAGAUGAUCCCUUAUUUACCCUACUACAAAGGAUGGAAUAAUUUAGAAAAAUGAUUUUUGCUUUUGCUUAAUUUUGUUGGACUUUGUUUUGAAUAAAUGAUUUUGUUGAAGGCACAAACCAACAGAGUUUCUUGUGUUCAUAUUCUUCUCUACUUAGUUUGGGUUGAGAAACUAAGUUGUUUUUGUAAUUUCUUUUCAGAAAAGAAAUAAAAUUUCAUAUGCCA